GGUCUAACACCAUUCCCCCCAAAAGAGUGACCUUGUCCUCAAGGUGAAAAGAAGGAAACUGCUACAUUAUUGUCUCCACGGAUUCAAAUUCUGGCAAAUCAGUCCAUUGAAGGAGCAUUUCGACCGUCCCAUUGGGCGAAUUACGUUCAGCUUUGACCGCAGCUGGUGUCACCUGCAAUUCCAAAUCGUCAGACAACAUAGGCGGUAGGGGUUGAGGUUUGGUUGAGGACGAUAGGGCCUUCUUCGAUAAAGAGACAUUGAUUCUCUUUCAUAAACUGACUUGGAUUGAGCCCGUGCUGACAGUGUUUGGCUAAGAAAAGCCACUGGGCAUCCUUCCUGCAUUAAAAGGGAAGGUUCUAUUUCAUUUCCUUGCCCACUUGGAGAGAGAGAGAGACAGAGAGAGAGAUGGCAUUUGGAUUCAUGGAGGUGGAGCUGGUGAAAGCAAAGGGUCUUCGUGAUACUGAUGUCUUCGCUCGUAUGGAUCCUUAUGUCCUAUUACAAUACAAAGGUCAAGAGCGCAAGAGCAGUGUAAUUCAUGAGGGAGGCAGAAAUCCUGUAUGGAAUGAGAAAUUCGUAUUCAGAGUAGAAUAUCCCGGUUCAGGUGACCAAUACAAGCUCAACCUUGUAAUCAUGGACAAGGAUGUAUUUUCUGCAGAUGACUUUGUUGGCCAGGCUGCAGUUUAUGUAAAGGAUUUAUUGGCAGAAGGAACAGAGAAGGGAUCGGCUGAGCUUCGUCCUCACAAGUAUAGUGUGGUUCGUGCUGACCAAUCUUAUUGUGGUGAAAUAGAAGUUGGUAUAACUUUCACCUUAAAGGAACAGGAAUAUGCUGAUGAUGAUGAUGUUGGAGGAUGGAAGGAAAGUUGCUUUUGAUUCAGUGGGCUUCAGAUUUAGAUUUUGGAACGUAACAUAACAUGAUUACAUGGAGACUGCCUGUUAAGUCUUUUUUGUAUGUAGUUGAAUAUGCAUAGAAUUUGAAAUCCCUUCUGGUGUCUGUCUGAGAUAUGACGAAAACAGUUGGCAUUGAGAUAGUGUUAAUGAGUUUAAUCGUAAAAUUUGUAUUUAUCAUACACUGAGUGAAUAUACAUAAUAGCUACAUGGAACUUUGGUCUCUGA